CCUUAAUAAUCUCUCAUUUGUUUCUCUCUUUGUUUUUCCCCACAUCCAUCCAACCCAAACACUUUCCCCUCCACCACAUCCAUCACUAAUUUCUUCACCUCAUUAAUUCAAUUGUAUUGAUUCAUUCUUUCUCUUCCCUAUCUAAUUAAUUGAUAAAUCUAUCUUCUUCCCCUUUCAGUUUGUUUAAUUUUAUUUGAACACAACAACAAACACCCGCAUUUCCGUUUCCAUUUCCUUUUCCAUUGUUUCUUCUACUCUUGUAGCUAUAUCUUUCACAAUCUUUCAACUUCAACCUCUCUUCCAUCUGUUAGAUCAGAGACCACCACGUACGUUUUCAUGGAAACCCCAUUGAAGGAUUCGGUUUUUGAUUGCUACGUUGAUGACCAGGGUGUCACUCCCUGGACCCUCUCUGUUGCUAGUGGAUAUAAUUUACUGCGGGAUCCACAUCACAAUAAAGGUCUAGCCUUCACAGAGAAAGAGAGAGAUGCCCACUACUUGCGUGGUCUUCUGCCUCCCACUGUUAUUCCUCAAGAUCUUCAGGUAAAGAAGUUGUUAAACAACCUACGACAAUAUCAAGUUCCUCUACAAAAAUACAUGGCCAUGAUGGAUCUUCAGGAAAGCAAUGAAAAGUUGUUCUACAAACUUCUAAUUGAGCAUGUUGAGGAGUUACUUCCAGUGGUCUAUACUCCAACUGUAGGGGAAGCAUGCCAGAAAUAUGGAAGUAUCGUUAAGCGUCCUCAGGGUCUUUAUAUUAGUUUGAAGGAGAAAGGGAAGAUCUUAGAGGUUUUACGAAAUUGGCCUGAGAGGAAUAUUCAAGUCAUUGUUGUCACUGAUGGUGAGCGAAUCCUAGGACUGGGUGAUCUUGGUUGCCAGGGUAUGGGAAUUCCAGUUGGAAAGCUUUCACUAUAUACUGCCCUUGGUGGUGUAUGUCCUUCUGCAUGCUUGCCUGUGACCAUUGAUGUCGGGACGAACAAUGAAAGGAUGUUGAACGACGAAUUUUACAUAGGGCUCAGGCAAAAAAGGGCUACUGGUCAGGAAUACACUGAGCUUGUCCACGAAUUCAUGGUGGCAGUCAAACAGAAUUAUGGAGAGAAAAUCCUCAUUCAGUUUGAAGACUUUGCCAACCACAAUGCCUUUGAUCUGUUAGAAAAAUACAGCAAUACUCACCUUGUUUUUAACGACGAUAUUCAGGGGACAGCAUCUGUGGUCCUUGCAGGGGUUGUUGCAGCUUUGAAGCUCGUUGGUGGAACAUUGGCUGACCAUACAUUCCUAUUUCUUGGUGCUGGAGAGGCUGGCACAGGGAUUGCGGAACUCAUUGCUCUAGAGAUAUCAAAAAAGACAAGUACUGCUUUAGAAGAUGCUCGCAAGAAAAUCUGGCUUGUCGAUUCAAAGGGUCUGAUUGUUAGUUCUCGCAAGGAAUCACUCCAACACUUCAAGAAACCUUGGGCACACGAGCAUGAACCAAUUAAGGAUCUUAUUGAUGCUGUGAAGGAUAUCAAACCAACAGUGUUGAUUGGGACAUCAGGCGUGGGAAGGACAUUUACUAAAGACGUUGUGGAGGCCAUGGCUGCCAUUAACGAGGUAUUCUAUUUGCCCACUUGCGUUUUAUGUAGAUUCAAAAGAGAAAUUAUGUUGACCGUAAUUUUAUUGUGGAUUAUAUUGCAGAAGCCGAUAAUUCUUGCUCUCUCAAACCCCACUUCUCAGUCUGAAUGCACUGCUGAAGAGGCUUAUACAUGGACUGAGGGUCGUGCCAUUUUUGCUAGCGGCAGUCCAUUUGACCCUGUUGAAUACGAAGGAAAUGUUUUUGUACCUGGACAGGCAAAUAAUGCUUAUAUUUUUCCUGGCUUUGGUCUUGGAUUGAUCAUGUCCGGUACCAUCCGUGUUCGUGAUGACAUGCUCCUAGCAGCUUCGGAAGCUCUGGCUGCACAGGUCACUCAAGAGAACUUCGACAAGGGACUCAUAUACCCUCCUUUUACCAACAUUAGAAAGAUUUCAGCAAAUAUUGCUGCAAAAGUAGCUGCAAAAGCUUAUGAACUUGGUUUGGCGACUCGCCUUCCUCAACCGGAAGACUUGGUGAACCACGCAGAGAGUUGUAUGUACAAUCCUUCUUACCAAAAUUAUCGGUGAAGCUGCAAGGUUUCCCCAGUUUUACUUUCUUCCUUCCUUUUUUUUUUCCCUUGUGCGUUCAAAUCAAACACACAUCAGCUUUUGUCAAUUAUUUGUUCUCCCCACCAACUUCUGUCCUGUAAUUAGUUGAUGGGAUGAGAAGUACGUGGGUUCUUAUGAGGUUGAGAGAUCAAACACUGAUAUAUAGUCUGUAGAAGUUCAUACUCCCACCCAUUUUGUGUGAAAUAGAGCCCUUUAAUUCUCUCACUGUUCCCUACAAAACCUGGUUCAGUAAGAACAUCUCAUUAUAGCAACGACUUUCCUACUUCAA